AAGGUGAGAGGAGGGUGUUAAAUCGUAGAUUGGAACAGCGUUAAACAAGCCUCGCCCAAAGCACAUUGAUCUAACGUUAUAAUUCGCCGUGUGCCGAAUCUUGUGUGAAAACUUUUAUUACUUUUUCUGAAGUUCAUUGAUAAAGAGGAAAUAACGGGCGUGGGGUAUGCAGUGACGUAGUGUGGAAAUGAACGGCUACGAUCACUACGGACGGAACGGAUUUCACCCUACAAAUUCUGGAGAUCCCUUUAACCACAGAGAUGACCCCUAUGAUAGGAAUGAAUUUGGAAGAUCUCACAGAAAUGGAUACGGUCCUGAUAUAGUAGACAGAUCGAGCUUUGACGGUCGAUUUGACCCGAGAGACAUGAGGGAGAAUGAGUUUGAGCUGGACCAUCUGGCCACGUUCUCCUCCAGAACAGGUCCUAUGUCUGCAGAGGAUGGACUUCGUAAGCUGCGACAAAUGGAGAGCUCCACAGGAAUCUGGACCAUGAGAUGUGUAAUGAUUGUAGACAAACAGACCAGUACACUCAUGAUCAUUGACAAGGGGAAUGGGGAGGAACUAGAAAGAUUUCCAAUUGAGAGCGUUCAUGAACCUACAGCCAUAUUCAAGGAUGACAAAAGGGAAAUCUACACCAACCUGAUACUGUUUACAGUCGUGGAUGAUAUCCGCAGGAGGAAUGGUCCGGCCGACAUGCACAUUUUCCAGAGUAUUAUUUCCCCAGCACAGGAAAUUGUAGACGAGAUACAGGCAGCAAAAGAUGGAAGACCUUCAAGUUCAUUUGGGCAGAAAAUCCCUCCCCCACCUAUGGGCCCAGCCCCCAACCCACCUAGAUUUGGAGAAGCUGGUCAUUGGGUCAUUGGGAGACCUACUGUCACACGCAGGCAGUUUUCGGCCAGUUCUGCUGAUUUUAAUCAGGAAUUUAUCAAAUCCAGCCAGAACUACCAAAAAACUUACUUGAAAGAGAAUGCAGGGCUUGGUCGCAGUGAUUUCUAUUCACAACAAGGCGGUAGAGACAACCAAGCCAAUAAUUUCGUAGAUGAUGAAAUUAACUACAGACAGAGUAGAGCAGGGGGUGGGUUCGGACAGAGUAACAGAGCCUCCUACAUGCCCACAGAUAUGGACAGUGGCCAGAAUGAAAUUCUUGAGAGGGAUGUGCAACUGUUGAAUGCCUGUUUUGAUGACAUAGAGAAGUUUGUAUCCAGGCUACAGCAGGCUGCGGAGGCAUACAAAGAAUUAGAACGGCGACGAAAAGAUCGCAACAACAAAAAGUCCAAGACCAGCAGACAGUCCGGAGAUGGCAUGCUAAAUAUGAGAGCAAAACCACCACCAGCGGAUGACUUUAUUGACAUUUUUGAAAAAUUUAAAUUCGCAUUUAACUUGUUGGCUAAACUAAAGGCUCACAUACAUGAUCCCAAUGCCCCAGAGCUUGUUCACUUUUUAUUCACACCAUUGAGCUUAAUAUACGAGGCUAGUCGUGACCCCGUGCAUGGAGGUCGUGACCUUGCUGAGAGUGCCACCAGGCCAGCCAUUACACAGGAUGCUAAGCAAUUGUUACUGAACUGUUUGACCUCUAAGGAGUUGGAAUUGUGGCAGUCUCUUGGGAAAUCCUGGACAACCAGUAGGGAUAAUUACGGAGACACCUACAUGCCUCGGUUCUACAAUGGUUGGGCCCCGGCGAUGUCUGCCCCAGUAGACAGGCUAGACAGAGGUCGGAUGGAGGACGCGUUAAUGAACCAUGAGAGACAGAUCCGAGACCGCGACAUUGAGGAUAGAGUCAGGAGAGAGGGAGGUGAAUUGGUGAUGCCCUUCCCACCAACUCGAGAUGAGGAUAGGAAUUACAUAGGACGAUCCACUCGUUAUGAUCAGUACAGCCGACCCCCUGAGGACAACUACGCAAGGUCGACUAAGCGUCCAUCCACCCCCCCUCCUGGGGUCCCCUUUACUAACCCUAAUGUUGCACGGUACCAGGAGCAUGUUGAGCAACACAUUAAUAGAAACAGGGAGGUUCACGAGCCCAGAAUGAGUGAGCCCCGUCCCAUGUCCAGACAAGACAAGAACAUUCAGUUUGCGCAGGACAUAUUGAGAUCCAAUGGAAAGGUUAUGGAGGCAGUCCAUGAUCGUCAGGGAAGAAAUAACAAAGAAAUCACAGUAGAAAAGGGAGAUUUAUUGCAGGUCCUAGAUGACUCCAGGAACUGGUGGAAACUGAAGAACCACGAGGGCCACAUCGGUUACGCCCCCUACACAAUACUGAAGGAAUAUGCAGUGUCAGAUAUGGAGAUGGACAAGACAAGGGGUAGAAGAUCAAGUGGAGAAUAUAACAGCCACAUUCAGACAAAUGGGGCCCCCGCCCCUCCCGCACCCCCACCCCCACCCAGUGGGAGUCGUCGCCAAGACGACAUUGACGACAAAAAGCAACGUAGAAACAGCAACAGACGUCAACGUCACAGCGAAGACUACAGCAGUGGAAGUGCGAGUGAUGAUGAACGGCGAUCACGUGGACGGAGGAGUGAUAGAGCUUACAGCUCACGAAGCCCACGUGACGAUAGCGACGGUUGGAGCCGAGAUAGCAGCGACAGGGAGCAGACAAGUUACAGGUCUAACAGACAGAGCGACAAACGAAGGCAGCGGUCACCACCCUCAAAAUAUAGUGAUCCGCCAACCCCUAGGUAUGAUGAUCCGCCAAGAAAAUACAGAGAUCCAUCACCAAGACGUAAAGAUCCUCCUCCGCCACCGGCAUCUAGACCUCCUCCAGCAAGGGGUCAAAGAACCACCACUGAUAAGAAAAGAGAUGAUCUUCAUGAUGAACUUCAGCAGCGAAUGUCUCGAGGUCCAAAAUCAGGUCAAGGUCCUAAGACUGCCCAGAAACCACAGCGAGAGCGACCCCAGGUCAAAAACAUUACAGCAAGGUCAUCCGUGGACGAAGUCGGUGAUUGGCUGGAUACAAAAGGAUUUUCUGAAGAGUGCAUCCAUGUAUUACGAAGAUAUAAUGGAGAAGACAUGUUCCGAUUGAAAAGGAAAGAAAUGGACAGACUUAUUGGCACUCAAGAGGCACAGCGACUAGAAAGUCAAAUCCUCGUCCAGAAAAACAAAGAAGGGUACAAGACGGCACGUAGUGGCGGGAAAGAAUUGCAGGCGAUUCUUCACAGGCGGAAGGAAAUGGCGGACCGGAAGGGAGGCGAUAAUCCGGCGUUCGCUCCGGAAUCCCCCGACUAUUCAGAUUCGGAGAUGGUUCAAGAGAUAACAGAUGCCUUUAAUGACAUGUUGGAACCCUACGAAUAAGGCGACGCCUCCGACAACAUGGAAAACGUUGGUCUUACGUUGAGAGCGAUGUUACGUCAUCAGCGUAAACGGAUUUCUAACAGCGUGUAUCAUGAUUAACAUAUCAUGUCCCAGAUAUUGUGAUAUAAAAAUCAUCUUUGCUUUGACUUUUCUUUAAUAUUCUUAAAUAGCUAAUUACUUGUAUAUCCUUUUAUAAUUUGCUUGAAAUCCAUCUAUAUUUCAAACAGAACUACAAUUUUAAAAUGUACACGUUUUCAUCCGAUUUAAUUUUUCGACUAUAAGAAGAAAAUAUUUGUAUAUAAUUACAUAUCAUAUGACGUUUGUAAAAAGGGAACAUACUUACAUCUGCGAUUUUAACAUUAAUAAACAGAUGUUCAAAUAUUAUGUUGAUAGAUGUGUUAUUAUAAACUUGUAGUAUAUUUUUAUGGUUUACUGCAAAAAAGCAGAAUUUUAACUGCUUAAAAUUGUAAAAUAUAACUAUUUUUUUCAAUUAGAAUUAGAAGUUUUUGCAGCAAUUAUCUGGUGACUUUAUUCUAAGAAAGAAAACCUAACUGAGUGAUAUAUAUAGAUAUUUGUUGAUUGUUUUGUUUGAUCCAGGUAUUUUAGUAGAUACAUAUAUUUAUAGUUUAUCAUAUUUUGUUUUACAUGCUUUCAAAAUAGUGCCAUGUAGUUUUUUUUUUUUGACAAUGUUUUAGUCAUAUGUUACAGUAUUCUAGACGGUACUUAAUUUUCUCCCCUUAUUUUUACACCAGUUGAAAACCAGAUAUUGUAAAAUACAAUAGUAUUGUAGUAUUACUUGCCAACCAAAUUAAAAGAAUCAAUAAUUCAUGAAUGUAUUCAAUGUGCCAGAUCUUGCCUCCCUUUUAGUGAACAAAGCAUAGGGAACUUGUAGUAUACAAUGUGUAUGUAUGUUUAAAAAAUGUACUAUUAGAACUGAAUGUCAUACCAUUAAUAUACAAUUUCCAGUUAACAACAAUGCCAUAAAAAAUAUGCACACAUAUGCACCAAUUUAAAUAAUUAAAUAUCAUCUAGGUCUUGUUCAGAAUCUUUUUAAGAUUGUUGAAUUGAUUAGAUUAUACAUGUAAAUUUUACUUCAAUAUUUUAAAGGGAGAAACAUGCAUUAGAGAUUAUGCAAAAAUCAAACUCAUUUCCUUUUAUUGCAAUUUUGAGUGCCAAUAUAUACAUGAUAUGCAUCAUAUUAAUUAGAAUCGUAUACAAGAAGUGAAUGUCACUUUCCAUAUGUAUAUUUACCACUACUUGAACUGUCAAUUUAUCCUUCAUAUUAUGUAACUCAUACCAUACAUAUGUUUGUUACAAUAAAAUGAAUAAUUUA